GCAAAAGCGCCGAAUGAAAAUUCGUCGCUACGAGAACAGCCCAAUACUGAUCAAGCGAGCAAUCGACAACAUACUGAUCAAGCGAGCAAGGCUAGAAAACGGUCCACGCGGAUUGCCGAGCAAAAGUGUACGAGAAUAAAUGCGUUAACUAGUACAUAUUACGUUGUACUUGCAAUUUGGACACUCAAAGCUAUGACUGUAAGUUUACAUAGAUACAAAGUGUGUCGCCGAUGAUAAAAAUGUAGAUGUUUGCACUCUUGCGAUACGAAAACCGCAAGGGACGAAAUGCAUGUCAGACAAAAAAAACGACAGGAAAUGCAUGGUAUGUCGCAAUCUGAGGCAAGACUACUCAUAGAAGAACUUCUGAGUUUCAAAGGCGCAAAAGGAGCAGAUAUGGAACCUUGCGACGACAUGCAAGCGAACACGUACACACCAGACGGAGAGAUCGGAGAGAAGCCGGAGAAUCCAAGGCAAAAAUGGUCUGGCUAGUAAGUGAAGACACGAUGUCAAGUUAUGCAUAUAGCAAACGCGAAACAGAAUCUGUGCUGCACGUUUGGCUAGGAGGGCGAGAGCUUUGCUUUUGAUAGGGCGAAGGUCGGAAUCAGCAUCGGCUGCUUGUGAACGCAUAGAAGUCGUGGACGCCUAAAAAGCGGAUGUAGGGAAGAGAUUAGCGCUAAUGCGGACGGCAAAGAAGAUCGGAGUGCGAGAAGCAUUGGCGAUAUACGAGAAUACGGCCGAAAGGCAGGUGAGGAGCAAGGCGGAUAUAGCGAAGCACUUGGUUGGCAUGCCGGAUAACAAGUUCUAACUAAUCGCAGCGGUGGGACAAGUAUCAUAUGAUCGACAACUGGAUCAGGUUUGAGCCAGAGCGUCUCGAAAAUGUGCAAAGAUAUCCAAAAGAGCGAUCCGAAGCCGUUUGACUACACUUUCCACAGAGGUUGGCUGUCACUACAACAUGCUUCCAUCACAACAAAGAACGCCAGAGACGGCGACCAGAUUUUUUAACUUCACGACUCUGACAGAGCUACACCUCUAUUAUAAAUAUAGUCGCGGUCGCGACUAUCGCGACUAUGAUAGUCUGCACGCUCGUCCUUGUGGGAAUCGAAUCUGAGACUAUCAUGAUAGAAAAGUCAAUUGCAGCAU